CUGUCAUCCGAUCUAUCCCGCCGUCGCAGCCAGCAGCAGACGCCCGCCAUGAGCGACAGCAUCAGCGAAUACGAAAACAUAUUCUAUGACGGCAAGAUCCUCGGCAAGUUCAAGAUUGCCGAGGUCGGCGUGGGCUGGCGGAAUGCCGCCGAUCGAUCGCAGAAGGUCACCAUUUCGGCCGCCGAUAUCCGCAAGCUGGUCUGGGUUCGUGUGGCCAAGGAGUUCCAGUACCGAGUGAUCCUGAGCAACGGCGUGACUCACAAGUUCGAUGGAUUCCCAAGAGAUGCAUACGACUCGCUGGCCUCGUUGUCCAGAAACUGGUUCCAGACAAACCUCGAGGCCAGGGACAUUUCCCUGAAGGGCUGGAACUGGGGCCACGCCGAAUUUUCCGGGCCCAACAUGUCCUUUGUCGUCGGCAAGAACCCGGCAUUCGAGAUCGCCCUGACCAGCGUCGCCAACACCACCCUGGUAUCCAAGAACGAGGUCUCGAUCGAGUUUUCCCAGGCAGAGGACGCCUCUGGUGAUCCCAAGGCCAAAAAGUCCAAGGAAGAUACUCUGGUCGACAUCCGCUUCUUCAUCCCGGGCAUGGUCACGCAGAGCCAAAUCGGCGACGACGACGAGGGCCGGCGCCAGCUCAAGGACGUCGAGGACGACAACGCCCGCAUCCUGCCGGACGGCCACGAGGAGGGCGAGAUCACAGCCGAGUCAGAGGAGCUUGUCCUUGGAGACGACGGAGAGGCCAUCUCGGCAGCGGCCAUGUUUUACGAGACCAUCAAAAACAAGGCCGACAUCAGCACGUUGCAGGGCGAGGCCAUUUGCACCUUCAAGGCCCUGUUCUGUUCGACCCCUCGUGGCCGGUUCGAAGUCGACAUGUUCAGCGACUUUUUGCGAUUGCGCGGCAAGUCGCACGACUACAAGAUACAGUACAAAUCAAUCCUCCGCCUCUUUCUGUUCCAGAAGCCCUCCGAGUCGCACUGGCUGUUUUUGGUGCAACUCAAUCCCCCGCUGCGUCAGGGCCAGACCUCGUACCCUUUCCUUGUGUUCCAGUUCGAGCGUGAGGAUGAAGUCGAGGUGGAUCUCCAGCUUGAGGACGAGGUUAUCCAGACCGAAUACGAGGGGCGGCUGCUGAAGAGCUAUGACGGACCAAUGUACGAGGUUGUUUCGGACAUCUUCAAGGGUCUCACGUCCAAAAAGAUCAUUGGACCCUCUCCAACUUUCAAAAGCUCCCUGGGUGGAGCAGGCGUCAAGUGCUCACACAAAGCCAACGAGUGCUGGCUCUUCCCUCUGGACAAGUACUUCCUUGCGGUGAUGAAGGCUCCGGUUCUGAUUCCACACCCCGAGAUUGCCCGCGUGACUUUCUCGCGUGUCAGCGCUGGCGGCGGUGCCACCACCAAGACGAUCGAAGUCAAGUUCAAUCUGACCACGGGCAUCGACUAUCAGUUCAGCAGCGUCGGCAGAGAAGAGUACCAGAACAUGGAGUACUUCUGCCACCAAAAGAAGAUCCCGGUCACAAGCGAGAUGGAGGUCCAGUCCAAGUACAACGAAAGCGAUGGCGACGACGAUGGCUCCGGCUCCGAUUCGGGAGCGAAGAGAAAGCGGGAGCCCCAGGUCGCAGUGGCUGUUGGCCAGGGCGACAACGAUGACGAAGAUGAAAGCGAGGACGAGGACUUUGUCGCCUCCAGUGAAAGCGAGGUUGGAGAAGAGUUUGCCUCCGAUUACGGCUCGAGCGGUGACGAGGCUGGCUCGGGCGACGAAAAUGCCGAAGAACCAGCUCCAACAAAGGCUCCCAAGACAAAACAGCCUGAGAAGGCGCCAAAGGUGGAGAGACCAGAUUCCGAUAGCCCACCAAAGAAGGAAAAGCCACGCAAGAAGGAAAAAUCGAGCGAAAAAUCCGAGGAAAAGCCGGCCAAGCGUGCAAAGAAGGAUGCGGACGCCCCCAAGAAGGCCAUGUCGGCGUUUAUCCUCUUUGGAAACGACAAGCGUGCUCAGCUCAAGAUCGACUUCCCCGGCCUGUCUGUCCCCGAAACGGCCAAGAAGCUGGGCGAGAUGUGGAAGCAGGUGACGCCCGAGGAGAAGAAGAAAUACGAGGACCUGUCUGCCAUCGAGAAGGAGAGAUACCAGAAGGCCAUGGCCGAAUACAACAUCAAGAAGGAAACGGAUGUGGGCAGCAAGCCCAAGAGCAAAAGCAAGAGCAAGCCGUCGUCGACACCGGUAAAGACGGAGAAGGCAUCGUCCAGUGCGGGACUGAGCACCGAAUACAUCGACAGCGACUCGGACAGCUAGACUCGGACAGCCAGACUCGGACAGCUAGAUGCCUUUGUGAGUCUUGCUCCUUCAUCUGGAAUGAUGAUUGCAUCGGUGGAAGCAGGAGCCACUUGAGCUGCCCAGGCAAAGUCAAAAGCGCAGAGCGUGCUCCAAUGGACGCAAUACAACCCGAACCAAUUCA